AUGACCAUCCCCCCUUUAAGAGGAUUCGGGGAAGGCAAGAGUCAGCAUUGCACUACUAGUACUCGCUACUUAUGCAACCGUCUAUUCCCGUCCCCGCACCCUCCUCAAGAGACACACACGGUGCUGGAACAGAUCCAGUUCCUUUUUUGUUUCUCAGGAUUUAAUGCGCUUCGGUUUUAUCCUUCUUUCUUUGCUUGGAGGCCGAGGGCAUCGGAGGGAAUUCGCGUUGAGGUGCUUUACUACUCCAUCAUGCUCGCGCCUGCGUUUCGUGUACAGCACACAAGUGCUGGGCGUGUAUGUAAAAAGGCUCGCAAAGAGAAGAAGAGGGAAGAUGCCUCGUUUCCAUACCAUUUGUUCAGCGUGACGGUUAGCCUGCAGGGAAGGGAAAACAGACCUGUGCGACUACUGCCCAAAGAAAGCGACAAUUUUGUAAAAGUGAACUGUAGCGGACGGAAGAGCGUCGGCGUCGAAUUAUUUUUGACAUUUCUCCGCCAUUGCUCCCGUCUUCCGGUUUUUUUCCCAUACUCGCAAAAUUCCGUAUUGUUGCUGUGCAUUGUCGGCGUUGCGCACCUGUCCCUCGUGCGGGGAGGAGAAAUUAGAUCGCUACACCCGCUGAGCGAAACCCGCUGUCCAUGCCCGCAUGCCUUGUCCCUAACGCUGGAAGAUCACACGGGCCUUGCGCCAGUGCCCUUGCAAAGGGCGAGGAAGGAGACAGCGCAGAUGGUCACUCUAAAAAGAGAGGGCGAAGUUGCUUGUAGAAGACUAGCUAGCGCUUUGGAAGCCAACGGGGCUUUAGUACAUGACUUGUAUGCUUGGUGA